AUGGUGCAGAAAGCUUAUGGGGACUCUUCUAUGUCUCGCACACAGGCAUAUGAGUGGUACAAAUCAUUCAAAGAAGGUCGUGAAGUAAUCAAAGAUUUGCCUCGUUCUGGACGUCCAUCAACAUCAAAUACCGAAGAAAACGUGGCAAAAAACAAGAAAAUUGUGCUGGAAGAUCUUCGUAUGACUAAAAAUGUGAUUGCUCUUGACUUAAACAUCUUAAAUGGACCCGUUCACCACAUUCUACAUGAUAUAUUGGACAUGAGACGCGCUGCAGCUCGACUUGUACCGAAACAUCUUAAUUUUUUGCAAAAAGAAUACUGA